AUGAUGUUAUAUAAUAUAUCGAGUGAAAUAGCCAUUCCCUAUAUAGUUCGAUUUUGGAUUAUUCUUCUCUUUUAUAUUCCAUCCGUCAUUUGUUCUUUCUUCGUUUUAUAUCAUUUUCUAUUCGAUCGAACAUUACGACAAGCUCCUCAUAAUCAUGUUAUUAUUAUUCUUCUUUUCAUUAAUCUGAUUGUUGAAGUAACAAGUUUUAUUUGGAUUCUCAAUUAUUACCGUUUAGGAUAUGUUUGGCCACAAACUUAUUCUUUUUGUCUUAUUUGGCUUUUUAUUGAUGAAGCAUUCUAUAUUACAAUAACACUUCUCUUUGCUUGGGCAACAUUUGAACGACAUAUUCUUAUUUUUCAUGAUCGAUUAGUAUCAACUAGAUAUAAAUUUCUAUUUAUUCAUUGUUUACCAAUUCUUUUACUUCUUCUUUAUUGUAUCUUUUACAGUAUUAUUGUAGUUCUCAUUCCACCAUGUAAAAAUAAUUUUGAUUAUACUAAAAUUGUAUGUGGUUCUUUUCCUUGUUAUUAUCAUGUUCGAUUAACUGCAAUGUGGGAUGUCAUUGUGAAUGAUAUUAUUCCAACAAUGACUAUUAUAAUCUGUAGUCUUACUCUUCUUUUACGUGUUAUUUAUCAAAAAAGUCGAAUGCAUCAAACAAUUCAUUGGCGAACUCAUCGAAAAAUGACUAUUCAUUUAUUAUCAAUUUCACUUCUUUAUCUUUUUAUAUACAUGCCAAAAAUGUUAAUUGAAUUACUUCAUCUUUGUGGUAUUCCAAACUAUGUUGGCAAAGAUUUUAUGUCAUAUGCUGAAUUCUUUGCAUAUUAUGGCAAUCUUUUAUUACCUUUUGUAUGUGCUGGAUCAAUGCCUCAACUUAAAAAAAGGAUUUCAAAAUUAUUUCCAUGUUGUCAACGACACAUUCAAACAGUUACACCGUAA